AUGCCGGCCCUUCCUCGGGUAGAUCGUAUAAAGACAGUCUACUCAGCUGCAAAAGCUCUUAAUUAUGGUUGGACAUUUUCUGGUUUUCUGGAAGCGCCUCUAUACAAUGGAGUUUCAAGAUGUAUCCCUCAAAUACACAGAAUCACAUUCCGCUUUUGCAAGCAGAGUGAGGAUAGUGUGGGAGUUCGGAAUUUCAUCGAAAAUAAGCUACUAGAUCUCGGGGAACAGUGGCCAUCCGUUGUAUUGUACACACAGCCUGUUCGCAACUCGAUUCCUAUUAUUCGUGCAGAAUAUGGUAAUGGAAGGAUUGUGCAGUUGAAUGCUAAGAAUAUGAGCAUGUCUGACAUUGAAAGAGAUGUAAUGCUGUUGUUUUCUCGAAGCGGUCAAGCACUAAUGAAGUUGGAAUCCCGCCAGAGUUCACCUACACCCUCUGUACAGGGCGAAUGGACACCGAUGACAUGGUUGCCACCGGACAUGAACGCAGCAUCACUGCCAAAUCCAGAGUUUUCGAAACAUAAAACAUGUAAGAUGACAGCUACGGAUUUCUUACUUGAAGAACAGAAACGACAUGAAAGAAUUCGGGAUGCCGAUGUAUCACGUGUCUCGCACAACAAGGAUUAUCAGAUUCUGGAAAGCGCUUCCGCACAUGUUGAUAAAGGAGUAUCCCGAACAGACCAUCAUGUUUGCAACAUUCGGUGUAGCAGGGGUUAUGAUCGAUCAGGCGGAGUGGUACUCACUGUAUUAUUACGAACAAAGAGGGAGACUUUGGCAUAUGUCCUCGAAUGUUCGUCGCAUGAGAAGGAUGUAACGAAUGUCACUGCACUGGACGUGAAAAGCGUUCCGAAACCAGUGCAGCCUGCUGUCCACAUUAGUCCUCCUGCGCUCGAACUAGUCCGCACUCUGUUCUCAGCCUCCCUAUAUGAUGAUGACGAUGAGAUGAGACUCUGCAGCGUCUGA